CCGCCCUGUCCCUAGCACCCAGCCAGGGCUGCCAUGGCCUCCCUGUUCUCCGGCCGCGUCCUGAUUCGCAACAACAGCGCCCAGGAUGAGCUAGACACAGAGGCUGAGCUCAGCCGCUGGCUGGAGAACCGGCUGCUGCUGCUGUUCUUUGGCGCCGGCUCGUGCCCACGGUGCCAGGCCUUCGCACCGGUCCUCAGGGACUUCUUCGUGCGGCUCACGGAUGAGUUCUACGUGCUACGGGCGGCCCAGCUGACCCUGGUAUACGUGUCCCAGGACCCCACGGAGGAGCAGCAGGACCUGUUCCUCAGGGACAUGCCCAAGAAGUGGUUCUUCCUGCCCUUCAAGGAUGACCUGAGGAGGGACCUCGGGCGCCGGUUCUCCGUGGAGCGACUGCCGGCGGUCGUGGUGCUCACGCCGGGCGGGGACGUGCUCACGCGCGACGCGGCCGAGGAGAUCGGGCGCCGGGGCCCCGCCUGCUUCGCCAGCUGGCGGGAGGCGGCCGACGUGCUGGACCGCAGCUUCCUGCAGCCCGAGGACCUG